GAGGUAGGUUCACAGAAUGAAGUAGGUGGCAACAAACACUUGCAUACAAACGAUAGAUGAUCGAGCGCCAAAGCAUCAAUCUUAAUUGUAUGCUGUUAUGGGACCACAAGGAAGUGUUGCGUUAAUGAGGGGACGGAUAUGAAGAAUGGCAAGAGAAGGGAAGGGGAGGGAGAAGAGAAUGAAACCCCGUGUGAGGAGUGAAGGCGGAGGAGGGGUUCGUUCCUGCAUUUGACGCGUUGCGCUGCGUUGCGCUGCAUACCUUACUAAUAAUUUAAUUGUGAUAUAACAUAUAGUUACCAAUUUCUUCAUCGGAUUCGCGCAUGGAGAUAUCAAAGUAGGUACGCCGCCGGUAAGUCAUCUAAUCUUUAUGGACGGGAGUAGUAAGUAGACAAUACCUAGUUGAUACACCAUACGCUCUUUCUUCUUCCACGGCUCUCUUUUCUCAAUACAGACUUCUAUCGACUCACUGUCUCUUUCCACCAACCGCCUACUUUCUCCUCUCUUUCUUUUAAAAUACUUCUUUCUUUAAUAAUAAACCUUCAUCCUUCCGUUACGCACUGCUCACCAUUCGUCGGUCCCUCAUCUCCACAGCUGCAACGACAACUACUUCUUCAACCAUCAUGCCGUGGUGAUCCCUCCAUAUAAGACCAUCUAGCAAAGGCUAUCCCCCAGCAAGUACAAAGCAAGCACUCCUUUUUUCUCCAUUCGACCUUGUACUUUCUAUCCUGUUCAGUCAACGGGUGAAUGUUCACUUUCAUUUCAAACGCAGUGCAAGUUUGCGAUAAUACUCCAACUUGUGCAUCAAGAGAAGAUACUUGUUUGUUUUCGUUGUACCACCAAAUCCCUUGACCGCAUACAAUAACAACAUCAUUCACCGCAAAAGACCUUGUCUCAUUUACAAUGCGGGUUUUAAAUAUGCGGUUCAUUCUCCCUAUAGUCCUGUCUUUCGCAGGCCAUGCGACUGCAGACUGUGAAUGUGGCUAUUCCUCUUCCAUCGGCGACUCUGUGGAACCUUACAUUUUUACUGACCUUAUCGAGUCUGACUUCUUGCACAUCCCCAACAUCACGCUUGAUACAGACUGGAGACGACAACAGUUUAAUAUGUCGGCUGCCGCUGGACGUGGUCCUUAUGGUAUGAACUACAGCAUUGAGCAGGUCACGUCAAAUCCUAUACCUGAUGAGAAUACAUGGUCUGGAGAGGGAGAAUUUGGCAUUGAUCCUGGUGUACAGCUUACCGUCAGUGGAGGAGACCCUGCCAAUGGAUUUGUUCAGACUGCGGAGAUGGAUUCGGCCCGUGAAGAUUUACUCUGGGGAACAUAUAGAGCUGCUAUGAAAUUGACCUUAACUCCUGGUACAUGUGCUGCUUUCUUCUGGUACUUUAACGACAGCCAAGAAAUCGAUAUGGAGUUUCUUUCUUCCCAGUUUAACGUCGACAACAAUACAUUCCCUGUCAAUCUUGUUCUACAAUCAGUGCAGUCAGUCCAAGCUGGUUACAACGCUGCUGUUACUGGCAACUAUAUCGUGGCAAACCUUCCCUUCAACCCCACUACUGGCUACCAUGAAUAUCGCAUCGACUUUAUCCCAGGAAACGUCAUAUUUUAUGCUGAUGGACAAAUCCUGGCAAAGAUGAACAGCACCGCAGUUCCGACAUCGCCUGGUCAUAUGAUCAUCACACAAUGGAGCAAUGGGAACCCUCUAUGGUCCUCAGGUCCACCAUCACACGAUGCCGUCAUCUCCGUUAGCUACGUGAAAGCCUACUUUAAUUCCUCGGACCCAGUGCGCGAGAUAGGUCUGAUAAAACGAUGCAAAGACUCUAGUGCUGAAAAUGCCAUUUGUGCUAUUCCAGACCAAACUUCAGCCCCCAAUCCGGAUGGAAACAAUGGCAAUGCUUCAGCAAGGACAUUUUUCUUCAGCAACCAAAAGAACGAGACGAAUAAUCAGACAGUGUACAAAAAGAGCGAAGCCACUACGGCGACAACCGUUGGACCUUACGGCUCGAUAUCACUUUUCCUUCUCCUUUCUAUGAUCGCCACCAUCUUGCUAUGAAAGUCCAUUUUAGGCUGAGAUAAGGCGUCCACUUUUUCGUUCGUGGGACUUUUCCUUGACUGAAAGCCCUACCAAGCAUUUGAUUCAUGAUUUCAAGGGAGAUAACAGGAGAAUAGGAGUUGAGGUUGACGUUGGAAUUGCUUUUUUUAGAACCGGAUGGGAUACCCAAAUCUUAGGAGGAAUGGUGCUAUUGCUUGAUCAUUGUAUUAUACAGGCGAUGCGAGAAGCGAUGGCUACGCGUAGGCAUAUUUGUAUCAAUCCAGCCCGGAGGGAACAUGUAGAUCAAAGGCCAGGAAAACCCGGCUAUUAAUUAAUACGUCUUGCUUAACCGGGAUACAUAAUACAACAUAUUUGACCGAACAAUACCAUCAGAGGGUUUUUGAUCAGCCAUGAGAAUGCAAGCAGACUACCAAAGAAAUAAAUUGAAUAUUGAGGUUCA